UUACUGGUCCCUCUUCUAUUAUGUUCCCCCAGAUGAAGGGGAAAGCGUGGUGCAGGUGAGGCUCGAGGCGUGUCUGUUAGACACGAGCGCAGGUCUUUAGUGGAGGCGGCUUUUUGUAGCGAUAUAAAGGCCUGUUUGGAGAUGCGAGCUCAGGCUGGUGAAGCUGCUGUGACGGACGGGGGGUUUUUACAGCCCCCUGACAGUGACGUUCAGAGCUGGAUGGCCAGAGCGUUUGAUAUGGCCAGAGACGCUCUUGAAAACGGCGAAGUACCUGUUGGGUGUCUCAUGGUGUACAACGACGAGAUUUUAGGAAAAGGACGAAACGAGGUGAAUGAAACGAAGAAUGCAACACGUCAUGCAGAGAUGGUGGCAUUGGACCAGGUGUUGGAGUGGUGCCGUCUCAAACAGCUCAACCCAAAGGAGGUCUGUCAGCAGACUGUUCUUUAUGUGACUGUGGAACCGUGUAUCAUGUGUGCAGCUGCUUUACGGCUGCUACAUAUACCUUUAGUCGUGUACGGGUGUAAGAAUGACCGGUUCGGAGGCUGUGGUUCAGUGUUGGACAUUGCAUCAGAUGACCUAACCCACACUGGAACAUCUUUCAAGUGCAUCUCAGGCCACCGAGCAGAAGAGGCUGUUGAAAUGCUGAAGACUUUUUACAAGCAGGAGAAUCCUAACGCUCCAAAGCCUAAAGUGAGAAAAGAGGUCAGUCCAGCAGGGGGCUCUGUUGUCCCGCAGAAAAAAGCAGCCCCAGUUGAUGAAGAUGGAGGCAAAAUGGCCCCUUUGGAGUGAAACAGGACGGACAGUUUUCUUUUGUCUGGAAACACGAGUGUCUGGAUUGGACUCUUAUGACGCUGUCGUCUUUUCUAAAUAGGUUAAUUUAUCUUCCGUUUUUUCACACUGGGAUGUGACCCAGCUUGGAGGAGGUUUAUUGGCGGCUACAUUUUGUCAUUCCUCACAUUUCUUGUAAACCGAAGUUUCCCAAGGCUCCACUCCUUUGAGUCUUUCCUGCGCAGCUGGGAGUCCAGCUCUUUAGCUGCUCGUAUGAUCAUUAGCGGCGCCCUGUGCGUUGCGGACGGCCACGCUAGGCGGAGUGGGCCUGUUGUGCAUUACAGCCUGUGCUUCUCUCCAGCCUUCACUCGCACCCCCCCCUCCGUAUGUCCUCACAUAACCCGGAUCUCUGUUCCACAUGUGUGAUCUCAUCCCCCUGUGCUCCGAAAGCAGGUGCUCGGGCACAAUCGGGGAGUUUCCCCUUCUCACACUGCUGUUAGACAUGGCCUCUUUCAGGCCUCGCCACUCUGUGUACAAUAAGUAGGGCUGCAAAUAGGAAUCAAGGCAGGUCUGUGCUGGUGACGAGAGUCCUCUCAUUCAAGUAACCAUGUGGAAAAUAACUAUAAUAAAUAGUUAAUCUGGCUUGAGGGGGUAUUUUUUUUGUCUUUGCUUUACUAUUUCAUACUGUAAUUUUCCAACAUUCCCUUCUUCUCUAAAGCCAUUUUGCCUGAAGCCAUUUAAAGCGACCCAUUUCACCUGUUAAACGAGAGCUGAGACACGUUUUCACUCACGUUUUUCCUGAGACUGAAGUCAUUUUUCAGUGUAAAACCUGUUGCUUUAGUGUGAGAAUGUUAGAAAAUGUACAUCAUACUAUAGAAGUGUUUUUUUUUACAGGAACAGGAAUGAUAUCUGCCUGCAGCACAGAGUGUGUUUAGCCAGUGCAGCUGCAUUUCUAGAACAAUCUCAUCUGUGUUAGGUAAAAUAAAGGUGGUAUUAAUGUAGGAUAUCACAUCAUCCACCAUGAUUAAAACUCAGUUACGUUGAA